AUUUCGCCGUCUUUACCCACGCAAACCCUAGUUGGAGCUCAGGAGGAAGAUCUGCCGCCGCAGAGGAACCGAAGCAGAAGCAGAAAAUGGAGGCUGCGAGAACUGUGAAAGAUGUCUCUCCUCACGAGUUCGUCAAGGCCUACGCCGCUCACCUCAAGCGCUCCGGGAAGAUGGAGCUUCCUCACUGGACUGACAUUGUGAAGACUGCAAAAUUCAAGGAGCUUGCCCCAUAUGACCCUGAUUGGUACUACAUUAGAGCUGCUUCUAUGGCUAGGAAAAUCUACCUUAGAGGCGGUCUUGGUGUUGGUGCUUUUCAGAGGAUAUAUGGAGGGAGCCAGAGGAACGGGAGUCGCCCACCCCAUUUCUGCAAGAGCAGUGGAGCCAUUGCACGACACAUCCUCCAGCAAUUGCAGAACAUGAACAUUGUUGACUUUGACUCCAAGGGUGGGAGGAAAAUCACAUCAAGUGGCCAGAGAGAUCUUGAUCAAGUUGCCGGAAGGAUUGUUGCGGUGGUUGCUCAAUGAGAGAGAGAAAAUCGAGUGCCUUUAUGCGUACAUUAAAUACUCUGGAUUUAUAGUAGUAGUUGUUUUGGAUGAGAAGAGUAUAUUUGGAGUACUGUUAAAAUCAAUUUUCUGCUUGGUUGCAUGGUGCCCCUACGUUGAACAUUGGCUGUUUGUUAUUUUUGGAUUCAUUGUUCUUGUUGACUCGUGUUUUUUCAAUUUUCCGUAGUUCCAAAACCGUUUUUAUUUUGGUGUUAUUCUA